AAGGAUGAUGCUGAAACCAAGCCUGCACUGCCGUCACAGUCUAUCCCCAAAGAUGGCAAGCUACCGGAACCCCCUAGCCCACCCAUCAAGGAGAGUCUCAACUCCAUCAGUAACAUGUUGGUGAAGAAAGAGCUGGUAAAGAGUGGAAUCAGAAAAUUCAAAGGCAGUGCGGGCAACUACCGGGCCUGGAAGUGCAGCUUCCAACAAGCAACGAAGGACCUGGAGCUUAAACCAUAUGAGGAGUUAAACCUGGUCCUGGGUUCCCUUGAGGGUGAGACAGAAAUGUUCGUCCAAAGGAUCUAUUCCAUUCACAUUGACAGACCAGAAGAGGGUCUCAAGCGAACCUGGGAGUAUCUGGAGCAAAAACAUGGCUCCCCAGAGGCAGUGGAACGAGAUCUCACAGGCCGACUAGAGCAGUUCCAAAAGAUCUCGCCAAAGGGCAGCACCAAGCUGGAAGAGUUCGGAUAUCUUCUCCUUGAGGUCCAAUACCUGAAGGAGUCAGAGAAGUUUCCAGGGUUGCUGGCGUUGGAUUCCUCGAGAGGAUUGCAGCCCCUAGUGCAGAAAUUGCCAGAGUGGCUUCAGAACAAGUGGCGAGAGAAGGGGUCAGAAUACAAGAAGAAGCAUGCAGUCCUCUUCCCGCCUUUUGAGGAAUUUGUAAAGUUCAUCCAGCACCAUGCCAGAGUGCAAAGCGACCCGAGCUUCCAGUUUACUGAUGCUGUCAAGAGUGCAGCUGAACGCUCUUCGUCAAGGCCUUCUUUCACUGUAAGAAAGACUGGGGUGGAGGAAGGGUCUGCAGCAAAGGAGACAUCCCGUUGCCCGGUACACAACACAGCACACAAGCUGCAGGAUUGCCGGGUCUUCUGUCAGAAAUCCAUAGAUGAGAAGAUAUCAUUUGUGAAAGAGAAUCGCCUGUGUUUCCGAUGUUUGAGGGCCAACCACAUCAUUAAGAACUGUAAGACCCCAGUGAGAUGCGACAUCUGUGGCAAGUCCCAUGUCACAGUCAUGCACAGGCCUGCACCCAGUCAAGAAGUUCCACCAGCGUCAAAUCAGACACCCCCUACCAUGAAGUAUGACAACCGGCCCCAGAUAAUCGUCACACCUAAAUGCACCAGAGUAUGUGGCAACGGUAAAGAAGGCCGGUCAUGCGCCAAAAUUUGUUUGGCAAAAGCCUACCUGGAAGAGAAGCCGGACCAUGUUAUCACCACAUACGUCAUCAUCGACGACCAGAGUGAUGGUUCCCUCAUCAACGAAAAUCUUCUUGAGAGAUUAGGAGUCAAACAGAAUAAGUCAACGUAUGCUGUCAAAACGGUUAAUGGCCUCCAGGAAGUCCAUGGUAGAAAACUUUCUGGCCUAGUCAUCGAGAGCAUGGACGGCACAGUUUCCGCUCCAACGCCUACACUGUUCGAGUGCAACAACAUUCCUGGAGAUGUGGCGGAGAUACCCACACCGGAGGUGGCAGCAGCCUUUGAUCACCUAAAGCCAAUUGCCCCGAUGAUACCACCCCUGAACAAAGAUGCCGAAAUAGCAGUGCUACUUGGCAGAGAUGCUCCGCAGUUCCACAAAGUGAGAGAGGUGAUCAACGGCAAAGAUGACCAGCCAUGGGCACACCGUCUCGAUCUAGGCUGGGUCGUUGUCGGCGAGGUUUGUUUGAACGGUGCCCACAUCCGGACAGACAUCUCCUACCUGCAGCAAGACGUAAUCAGCACCUACUUUACGCAGGUCUUGAGAAACGGUCGCCAUUCCGCCCAAUUCCAGCCAUGUGACAAGGCAGUGAAGGUCUUUCAUACCAGGCCUAAAGCAGCUGAAUUGGGGGAAGAAGUGUUCAUCAGCACUAGUGCUGAUGAACGUCUUGGGCCAUCCUCCGAUGACAGAGAGUUCAUGGAGCUGAUCGCCGGCAAGAUGAAGAAAGAUCAAGAUGGGAACUGGUGCGCACCUUUGCCCUUCAGAAAAAAUAGAAGAAGACUGCCAAACAACAAGACCCAAGCGGUAUCCAGGAUGAAAGCCCUGGCCAGCUCCCUGGCUAAGGAUGAAAAGAAAAGGCAGCACUACAUCGAGUUCAUGAGAAAGGUUCUGGAGAAGGGACUUGCUAAGCAGGUUCUGGAUGAGGCGACUAGUGCUAGUGAAGAAGUUUGGUACCUCCCACACUUCGGAGUAUACCACCCCCAGAAGCCUGACAAGCUGAGGGUGGUGUUCGACUCAAGUGCCAUCUUCUCAGGCAUUUCCCUGAAUGAUGUCUUGUUAAGUGGACCUGAUCUGAUGAACCAGCUCCUGGGCGUCCUGAUCAGGUUCCGAGAGGAGCCAGUUGCAGUCACCGCAGACAUCGAGCAGAUGUUUUAUGCUUUCAGAGUCCGAGAAGACCACACAAGAUUCCUACGUUUCCUGUGGUAUGAGGACAACAACCCGAAUGCAGCCAUUGUCACUUACUGCAUGACAGUGCAUGUCUUUGGCAACAAGCCAUCCCCAGCUGUGGCCAUCAGUGGCCUAAGAAAGACCGCUGAAGAAGGUGAAGCAGAGUUUGGCACCGAUGUGAGGGAGCUGAUAGAAAGAAAUUUCUACAUGGAUGACCUUCUGAAGUCUUUUCCAACCAAGGAAGAGGCAGUCGACGUGCUGAAGAGAACGAAGGAUCUCCUGUCCACUGCGAAUAUCCGUCUGCACAAGUUCGCUUCCAGCGAUGCUGGUGUCCUGGCAGCAUUUGAGCCUAGCGAGUUGGCCCCGAACCUGGCUGAAGCUGACCUCUCCAACAAAGAUGAAAGCACCAUACGGCGUACAUUGGGAGUAUCCUGGGAUUUAAAGGCAGACUCCUUUACUUUCCAAAUAGCAGAACCGAAUGCCAACGCAUGUACCAAGAGGACAGUGUUGUCGGAAGUCAAUGGAGUCUUUGACCCGAUUGGGUUGGCAGCACCUGUGAUCAUCAAGGGGAAGAUGCUGCUGCGAGAGAUGACUCAAGAUGGCGGUGGCUGGGAUGAUCCACUCCCAAAGGACCUGCUCCAAGACUGGGUGAUGUGGAGAAAGUCCCUGAUCGCCUUGACAGAUGUGCGAGUUCCUCGCUCAUUUGCACCAUUCUCAACCACGGAAGUAGUGAGAAGAGAACUACAUACCUUUGGUGACUCUUCAAACAAGGCCAUAGGCGCAGUCUGCUACUUGAGGACGGUUGGCAGCAACGAUGAAGUCCAUGUCCAGUUGGUGAUGGGUAAAGCAAAGCUCGCACCUAAGGCAGCCGUCACCAUCCCACGCCUUGAGCUCUGUGCAUCAGUUCUGGCCACAGAAAUGGAAGACUACGUCACCCAGGAACUACAGAUUAAAGUUGACGAAUCAAAGUUCUACACUGAUAGCAAAGUAGUCCUGGGGUACAUCACCAACAGGAAACGUCGCUUCCGCACUUAUGUGUGCAACCGAGUAAACAGGUUACUCAAAACCUCCGAGCCUGAGCAGUGGACAUAUGUCCCAUCAGAGAGAAACUCAGCUGACCUAGCUUCGAGGUCCAUUCUGGCAGCAGAGUUAAGUGGUUCCAUGUGGAUUGCCGGACCAGAGUUCCUGAGGCUAAAGGACCUGCCCUCGAGCCACAAGCAGAGAGAGAUAGAAAUACUUCAGGAUGACCCAGAAGUGUCUCCAGAGAAGAUAAGCUGCAACAAGAUUGUCUUGCCCGAUGCAUCCUUCGGCAGUGAGAGGUUCACCAGAUUCUCAAGUUGGGAUUCAGCAAUGAGAGCCACUACAAACUUGAUCCACAUUGCCAACUCAUUCAGAGCAGAAUUUGACUGCAAGGGUUGGCAUGUCUGUGAGAAGGCGAAGUCCAUCAGAGAGCGUCUCAAAGCCGAGACCGUCAUAAUAAAGAGUGUGCAGAGUGAAGCCUUUGCUACCGAGUUAGCCGAAUUAAGAAGUGGGAAGUUGACCAAGAAGAACAAGCUGGCUUCGCUCAACCCCUACCUUGACAGCAACAGGGUACUCCGAGUCGGAGGCAGAUUGCAGAAAGCUCAACUGUCAGAGAGAGCAACACACCCAGCUGUACUACCAAAAAACAACAACUAUGUCACAAAGCUCAUCAUCAAGCACUUCCAUCAGCAGUGCAGCCACCAAGGUCGACACAUUACCUUGGGUACAAUAAGGAACGAAGGCUACUGGGUUCUUGAUGGCCAGAGGCACAUCAGGAAAGCCAGCGUGGAGAUGGUAGCCGCGGACCAGAGGAGCCUGUUUCUACAACCAGCCCGUGAGUUGACGAAGAAGACGUUGUUGCGGCCAAUAAGCGACUUGGUUCUUCUGAUUCCCUCGGAGUGACUGAUCACCAUGGUCCAGCGGAAAUCAUGAAGCUUGGACUCUACCAGAUGCUGCUUAGACAUGUAGGCACCGCGUUUAAAGUGUUUACUCGCUGUUUUCAAAUUUACUGCAGUUCUGCUUGUUAUUAACCGUUUUUACUGUUUUAGUGUAACCUUAUUACAUGUAUUGUAUUGUAUUCACAUUGUGAUGAUGGUAUCACCACGGGGGGAGUGUUAUGUUCACCCCUGGCAGUGUGAGUUGCGAUAUCGUAGUAUUGCGCCCUCUCGUGGUCAUCGUAGUUUUUCGCUCAAGUUACACAAUUGUUCAGUCACGCCAAGUUUUAGUCCAUUUUUGUGCCCAUUUUUCCAUCUUUUUGAGACCACUCUAUUCCGAUAGCCUUACACCAGAAGACCACUGGUGAGUUUAAGAUUCCAUUUAUACUUGUGUCAGUGAUUAUUGAUUGUUAUUUGAUGAGUAAUUUGUAUCGUAAUUUUCAGUCACAUUUUGCCACCAUGAUUUUCUGUAUCGCAUCGAUAAUUUUCUUGUGCCUUGCGAAAACUUUCCCUGAUUUUGUGCCUUAGAAUUUCCCUCAAUAUCGAGGCCGGUUUCUCAGAUGAACUGACUGAAAUGUUCAGUAUUGUUUUCUGGUCAAGAAACAGUGGAUAUUUGGUCAUUUUAUGUUUUCAUAUCGACGAUUUUGGAAUGUUAUAUAAGGUUAGGAACUUAGUUUUUGUGUGCACACGAGGCCUGCCUAAGCACAUGUGUUCGCCAUUUUUUCCAUGAUGUUAUGAAUAUUCAUGAGCUGGAUUCCAUAUUUGGGAUUAGCGUAUCCUUAUUUGGAAAUUGCAGUAGUGCUGCAAGGUUUACAGUGUAUUUAGGAACUAUGCAUUUUUCUUUGUUUUAGGUUGGUGAUUUCAGUAUUCCAGACCCGUAGGAAGUUUGAGGACACUUCAUCUUUUGGAGAGCACAGUUCUUUUUACCUCAUGUGGUCCACCCACGACACAGGAAUGAGAAUAAAGCAGUCAAAGUUCACAAAUCCUGUAUUAGUCAGAGGUUAACUUGUCGGAGAGAGGGCGCCCUCGGCGCUCCAUGUUCGUCAUAGUAAAAAGAACUAUUCAAGA